GCGUCGCCAGGAAAAGAGGGGGAGGGGAGGGGAGGAUGAGCGAGAGUGACAGUGACAAAGUGAAAAUUUUGUUGGGAGUCGGAGUAAGGACAGCGCCCAUGCUGAAAUUGGAUAGGCCUACCUUUUUAUGCUCACAUCGAAACAUCGGACUAUCGUUCUCCGGUCGGAAUAGCGGCGAAUGAAACAUCGGAUCCUUUGGACAUGUACGUAACAACAGCAACUUGAUGUGUCCUAGGACCUGUGGAAGCCACCCCGCCGUGCUAAGUCCUCCCAGCAUGCAGUAGGGGCGGUCCACCUUAACACCACAAUUCAUGGCAUCGCCCUCUAAAGGAGCCAGGAUGUUUACAGGUUCUACCAAGAACCCAACCCCUAAAAUACCUCAGCCUGAGAGGCUGGACGAGGUGUACUCUGCACUGAGGAGAGGCCUACAGUCAUUCCUGCAGGUCCACCAGCUGGAGCUGGGCAGCCUGGGGCAGCAGAUAAGAGAGAGCAAGAGAAAUGACCGUCUGGGGUCUCUGUAUGAGUUGGAUAAGCAAGUGAAGGCUAUAGAGAGAUUUAUGCGUCGCUUGGAGUUCCACCUCAGCAAGGUAGAGGAGCUGUACGAUGCUUACUGUAUGCAGCGGCGGCUGAGGGAUGGGGCCAGCAAGAUGGUGGCAGCCUUUAACUCUGCCACAGGGAGCAAGGAGGCACGGGAGAGCCUGAAUGAGGCCAACAGGGGCUACAGGGAGUACACUGAGCACAUGUGUUCACUGGAGAGUGAACUGGAGAACCAGAUGGGAGAGUUUCACAUCAAGAUGAAAGGUCUGAUUGGCUAUGCACGGUUGUGUGCAGGAGACCAAUAUGAGGUUCUGAUGCGUUACGGGCGUCAGCGCUGGCGGAUGAAAGGCCGUGUGGAGGUCAGCAGUAAACAGGUGUGGGACAGUGAAGACAACGUCUUCCUGCCUCUUAUCACAGAGCUCCUGUCAAUCAAGGUGACUGAGCUGAAGAGCUUGGCCAAUCACGUGGUGGUUGGCAGCGUGUCCUGUGAGACACUAGACCUGUUCUGUCCACUGCCUCAGACGGUUGCUGUGGAUAUCAAUGACUUGGGGACAGUAAAACUGAACCUAGAGGUCAACUGGAGUCCGUUUGAUAAAGAUGACCAGACCUCGUCCUCCAGUACGGUUUCGAAGCGCUUUUUGUCCAAUCAGAGCCCUCCAGACACACCUUCCAUGCGCGAGCAGGUGUUUUAUUAUCUAUUGAGGAGACCAGGGGAGCUGGAGAAUGGUACAGUCUGGUCAAACUCCUCUGAAUCAUCAGACGACUCUUCCAGCCCAGCCAUGGGACACACACACAGGAUGAUGGCUACUCACAGCCUGCAGACCACACCCACUAUCCAGAUCUCCUUCAAUCCCCGCCAAUCAAGCGUCUCUACCCCAUCCCUCUUGUCCAAUCAGGAGGAAGGGGAGCCAGACGCCACCAAGGGAUUUGGCAAAACAGACUCUGUGAAGUGUACACUGCUGAAUGGCCAUUUGAAGUGUUCUCGAUCUCUCAGCCAUGUCAGUGAGAGAGCCAUAGACUGUGCUUCGACUAACAGGUUGUCUGACCAAUCAGUUGAGUCCUCUGAAACUCCAGAACCCCUACCCCGCUUAGACCUUGAAGUCUCCUGUGUGGCUUCUCACUGCUCUAACCAGGACAUGCAUGAAGCCUUGGACUUGCAUGAGUCUGUGGGCCCAGAGUCAUGUGUUUCAACCCCAGUGGAUCAAUGUGAUGCUCCUCCAGCCUCAAAACUACAGACCGAGAAGCCUAGGGCUGGAGUUGAGCCUCUUCCCACAGACUGUGUACUGGGAGAGGGACUGAGGGAGGAAAAGUCGUCCGCGGAACACAUUCACAGACUCCAAUCUACUCAACCACAAGCGCUAACACUACCUGAAGAGACAGUGACUGGUCGAUCUCACAGUCGGUCCUUCAGCUUCACUCAGGAAGUUGAGACUGCCCUGGAGAGCUUUGAUUUUCUCAACUGCUCUGACCUUGAUGAUGAUGAAGAAGAGGAGGAGAAAGAACAUGCAGAAGAGGAAGAAGAUGAACAGAAGAGGGAUGAGAAGGAGAAGGAACAAGAGAAGGAAGACGAGACAAGGGACUUUGCUGAGAGCAGUGAUGAGUGUGAGGACGAUGUUAUAGAAAUCAUUGUCGAGGCCCCUGAAGGCUUCCGGAAUGAGGACUGUCCUCCUCUAGAUGCAGACUGCAGCUCUGAGGAGGAGGAGAGUAGCGAGCAGCUGCAGGCCUCCAGUGAGACAAAGGAAGAGCAAGAGGAAGAAAAAGAGAAGGAGAAAGUGGAAGACAAGAAGGAGGAGGAGCAGGUUACAGAGAUGGACAUCCCUGCCACACAGGAGCAUGAAGCUAUCAUCGGCACCACGUCCCAUCGCGCCAGCCUGGUCCGCCUACAGCCGCCUUUCGAUUUAAAACUCGUCAUGAGAGCUCGAGCUCCCUCUAUAACCCGCACGGUCGUUUCUAUGGAGGGUGAAGUCGUUUCCAUUGAGACCGCUCAGGUCGAGGGUCUCCAGGACAGUGGGGAGGGUGCAGAGCUGCUCCAGACUGCAGAGGCUUCCCUGAUGGAGGGGGGUGUGGCACCCCAAGAGGUGACGGGGAAUGUUGAAAUGAUGGUGAUGGACACCCUGGACUCGACCCUUGACCCUGCCCUGCUACAGAUGAAGACUGAGGUCCUUGAAGGGGGCGGAACAGUGACGGUCACCGGGGGAGACGAGGGACAGAUCAUCACCCUGCAGGUGGUGAACAUGGAGGGGAACAUGGAUCAGACGAGUGCAGCGCUGGGGCUUGGACAGCUGCAGCUGGUGCAGGUCCCUGUCACUACAGCCACCGUGGAAGAGCUCCAGGCCAGCUUCGUUGACUCCUCAGCAGGCAAUACUGAGGCAGAGCCAGUGAUCUGCCACACCCUCCCUCUGCCCGAGGGCUUCCAGGUGGUGAAGGUGGGGGCGAAUGGAGAGGUGGAGACAGUUGAGCAGGAAGAACUGCAGGCAGCCCAGGAUGAGCUCCAGGUGAUCCAUGGGGAGGAGGAGGAGGAGGAAGCUGAGCCCCAAGUAGAGGACCAGACAUGGUCAAAAGACCCAGAUUACCAACCAACUGCUGGCAUCCGCAAGGGGAAGAAGGGCAAGAAGAGCCGCCUGCGUUACGGGGAGGGGGAGCGAGACAUGGACGUGUCUGUGUAUGACUUUGAGGAGGAGCAGCAGGAGGGGAUGCUCUCUGAGGUCAAUGCUGAGAAGGUUGUGGGCAACAUGAAGCCACCCAAACCCACUAAGAUAAAAAAGAAAGGUGUGAAGAAGACGUUCCAGUGUGAGCUAUGUAGCUAUACCUGCCCCCGGCGCUCUAACCUGGACCGCCACAUGAAGAGCCACACAGAUGAGAGGCCACACAAAUGCCAUCUGUGUGGGAGGGCCUUCAGAACGGUCACACUGCUGAGGAACCACCUCAACACACACACAGGCACUCGUCCUCAUAAAUGCCAAGAUUGUGACAUGGCAUUUGUGACCAGUGGAGAGCUGGUGCGUCAUCGUCGCUACAAACACACAUUUGAGAAACCCUUCAAGUGCUCCAUGUGUGACUACGCUAGUGUGGAGGUGAGUAAGCUGAAGAGACACAUCCGCUCCCAUACAGGCGAGAGGCCCUUCCAGUGCAGUCUGUGCAGCUACGCUAGCCGAGAUACCUACAAACUGAAGAGACACAUGAGGACACACUCAGGUGAGAAGCCAUAUGAGUGCUACAUCUGCCAUGCUCGUUUCACGCAGAGCGGCACCAUGAAGAUGCACAUCCUGCAGAAGCACACAGAGAAUGUGGCCAAAUUCCACUGCCCCCACUGUGACACAGUCAUCGCCCGCAAGAGCGACCUGGGUGUGCACUUGCGGAAGCAGCAUUCGUUCAUGGAGAUGGGCAGGAAGUGUCGUUACUGUGACGCUAUGUUCCACGAGCGUUACGCACUCAUUCAACACCAGAAAUCCCACAAGAACGAGAAGCGCUUCAAGUGCGACCAGUGUGACUAUUGCUGCAGACAGGAGCGUCACAUGAUCAUGCACAGACGUACACACACAGGGGAGAAGCCGUACGCCUGCAGCCAAUGUGAGAAAACUUUCCGGCAGAAGCAGCUGCUGGACAUGCAUUUCAAACGUUACCAUGAUCCCAACUUCAUCCCCACUGCCUUCGUCUGCAGCAAGUGUGGCAAGACCUUUACUCGCAGGAACACCAUGCUGCGUCACGCAGAGAACUGUAACGGAGAGAACACUGGUGAUGAGAACGGAACCCUGCCCAAGAAAGGCCGCCGCGGCAGGAAGAGGAAGAUGCGCUCCAGACGGGAUGACGACGAUGACGACACCGAGCCUGAGCUGGAUGACAUUGAGGAAGAGGAGGAGGAGCUGCUAGCUGAGAUUGAGGUGGAGCAGGCACCACCGGUUGUCCCUGUCCCUGCCCCUGUUGGCCCGCCAGCCAAGAGGAAACGUGGAAGACCUCCCAAGGCCAAACCUGCCCCAACGGCGGCAAUCAUCCGGGUGGAGGAUGAGACCACAGGCGAGGUGGAUGACAUCAUCGUGAAGAAAGAGAUGAAAGCCGAGCAGGCGAGCCAGGAGGAAGAAGCUGUCGAGGAUGAGGAGCCAGCAGUAGAGGUGGAGCAUGCCAAAGGAGAACCUGCCAAUCAGGUAGAAGAGUCACUCCAGGGGGAGGAGGUGGUGCAGGAAAUGGCACUGUCUGUCACAGAGGGUCCCCCCAACGGUGACCUCACUCCUGAAAUGAUUCUCAGUAUGAUGGACCGGCAGGGAAUACUGCUGCUGGUGCUCUUAGCAACCGUGCCUCGGCAACAGCCACGGCAACCGAGUGCUGUGUCUCCCCUUAUGGAGCUUCCAUUGGGUGGGCCGGCGCUGAGGCACUACACCCGCAACAGACCUAGACCACACCGACAAAACCAACACCUCCGCCCCAGCAGACCACAGGAAUCGGUGGUUGACAAUGAAAAUGGAGUCCCUAAUCACAUGGGGCGAGUUGAUGAGGGAGUUGAAGAGUUCUUUACUAAGAGAGUCCUUCCUGUCGACACCAUGAAAACACAGAAUGAGUCUGAGGAACCUCCCAUUACUGAACAGGAAGUGGAAGUAGGGCCUGCUAGCGCCGUCCCUUGCCCCGCUCCUUCCAGAACCCUACGGAGGAAGCUGGGCGAGUUCUUCACCCUUAAAAAGCGGAGGGCUGUGAAAUCAGAGGGAAGCCAAGAGGGGAAGGCCAAGAAGACCUCCAUCGCCGACCUAAUUCGGCCUCUUAGGGAGGCCACCAGAGCUGAAAAAGAUCAAGUGAAGGAGAAUGAAAAAGUGAAAGAGAAGGAGAGUGUGGAUGACAACGUUGUGACAGCAGAUCCAGUGGAAGCAGAAACCCCUCCUGAUGGUCCCAAUCCACUGAGGGGUGAGGCUCCACCCCGUCGUGCACUAAGAGAGGGGAAGUCACAGUCUCUCAUUCUGCUCUCUGGAUCCGCAGCCAAUGCUGGGAACACCAAGAACACUGCACAAGGGAAGUUUCAGAAACACUCGUCUGACAGCCAUCAUGGCUUUGAGCAGCGCCUCCAGCUCAUGCUACAACGUAUUGGUGUGUCCAAAGCUCAGCCAGGAGAGACACAGAGUCAGGAGGGAGAGAUGAAAAAAGCUGAAUCAGAGGGCACUAUCAUUGAUAAUAAACCUGAGCCCCCACCCACAUUUAUGAAGCCCCGGACCAUGUCCACCUCAUCAGAUACGAGACGAGCGGUCCGACAGAGUGUGUCCACACAUGAGUCAGCUGGGAAACCUGCUCUGCCUCCUAAGCCAAUAAUUAAGCGAUGCCCAACCCCACCUCCCACGAUCUACAGUCAUCUCACCCCUGAGAAUGACCUAUCCCAAAUACAGGAAGGAGAAGCAUGUUCCCCCACAGACCCCACCCCUAGUAUCACUGAUACCCCUACCAGUUCUAAACCUAUCCCCACUGACACCACUAUUCCCAUCACUGUCCCAGAUCCCACUAACUCUUCUAUUCCCACAGACACCAUCAUUCCCUCCCCUGUCCCAGAUCCCACUAACUCUUCUAUUCUCACUGACACCAUCAUUCCCUCCCCUGUCCCAGAUCCCACAAACGUUUAUAUUCUCAUUGACACCAUCAUUCCCUCACCUGUCCCAGAUCACACUAACUCUUCCAUCCCUGUUUCUACUACUGCUACUUCCUCUAAUUCAACCCCCAAUGACAUCAUCCCCUCUACAAUGUCUGCACCUACCCCUAUCAAUACUACAGCGCCCACCCCCAACACCACCACCUUCAUCCCCAGUACUAACCCUGCCACAACCACUACCAAUACCUCCAUCACAACUACAUCUGGUCCUAUGAAUAUUACAACUUCCACCCCCCCUACUGACAUGAACUUUGACUCUAUCCCCACUAUUACCCCCACCCCAACUCCCCCUGCCUCCACUGACUCCACCACCCCAACCACCCCUGCAUCGUCCAUCUCUAAUCUAGUCACAAUCACCAUUACAGGCAUUACUGCCCCAACACCUGUUAACACUAAUACUGAUACCCAUACAUCAACAACCCCCAUCACUAAUGCUUCUAGCCCUACCCUUACUGAUACUACCACCUCAACUUCUACUGACUCGACAACUCCAACACUAAAUACUCCCAUCUCCAUAAUUGCUUAUGCUGGCAACAACACUUCUACUCCCACCCCCACUACCUCUCUGUGUCCCUCCCCCACUAACUCUCUGUGUCCCACUACCUCUCUGUGUCCCACCCCCACUACCCUAAUUACUAAUUCAGUUACCCCACCUCCAUCUCCUGCUGCUACUAUAACAACAUCGACGCUUAAUUCUAUGAAUGGUGCUUCCACUCCUACCCAUAUCUCCAUAAACUCCACGGACUCCAACACUACCCAAACCGGAACUCACAAUACCAGCGCAACUAACUCUGUCAACUUCACUUCUACCUCAAGCCCCACUAACUCUACUAGUCCUAUCCCUACUUGCUCUACCAGCUCAACUUCCACUAACUGUGCUGCUUACACUGCUACUGUCCCUAGCAGUCUGAUUCCAAUUAUCUCUAAUAAUCACUCCCCCACUGUCACUUCUAUCCCCACUGCCACUCACUCAACUAACUCCACCAAUGUUUCCUCCCCCAUAUUCUCUUCUACUCACACCACUACUAACACUACUAGUCCCAUCCCAACUAACUCUACUAGCCUGACCACUAACCCCACCCCCAUUAACUCUAGCCCCGUCACCACUAUCUCUACAGGCUGUUCUAAUAUCACCACUGACACUAACUCUUCUGUCCUCAUCAGUAGCCCUAACCUCAUUAACUCUACUACCAACACCCCCACUAACCCUUCAAAUCCCACCAACACCACUAAACCUACUAACUCUACUACACACACCACUAUCUCAAUCCCCACUAAUUAUGUUACUCAUAGUCCCACUAACUCUUCUCCUCAUAGGCCCACUAACUCUUCCAGUCCAACACCCACUAACUCUGCUAGCCCUACACCAACUAAUGCUAUUCAACCAUUACCUGAGGAGAGAAUUAGCCUUAAUCCUGCAAUGGGACUGCUGUCCAUGACUAAGGCUACAAAUGACCUGAAUGCUGAGAGGGUAGAGAGGAACAAGGAGACAGAAGAGAAACGUAGCAAGGAAGAUGUCAGGAGGGCCACAGAGAAAGAAAAAUAACAAAUCAUUGGUGCACAACAUAUGCAAAACCAUAAAAGAGGAGGUGGGUCUGCAGAAGGUAGAUGAGAUAAUGAAUGAGGCAGGGAGUAGAAGGGAAUAAAUCAAAUGAAGAAAGAGAGUUGUGUAAAAAGGAUGGGGAUAAAAAGAGGGAAGGAGGGAGCAAUGUGUCAGAUGAAAAAGAGUUCAAAACUAAGGAGGUGGUAGAGAGCAAGUCAAACAAGGGACCAACUACUGUGAUAGAGGCAGGGGAGACCACAGUAAAAUAAAUGGGGGGGAGUCCAUGGGACUGAGUACAGGGACCACAUCACAGCAGAAAACCACAGAGGGUGGAACAUCGGACCAAAGAACUGAGACCCCCUCUGUGUGACACAAAUGGACUGACCCAGCAACGUGUCUUUUUUUUCUCAACCAUGUUUACAUUUGCAUUGCACGUAUUGUAUGAUUAUGUAAUACAUCAACUGUGGUGAAAUAUGUUUACAAUAAUUUGUAAGUCGCUCUGGAUAAGAGCGUCUGCUAAAUGACUUAAAUGUAAAUGUAAAUGUAUAUGAGAUACAGUACGUAUGAUAAUUAAAAGUAAUAUUCAUAAUGUCA